UUCCUCUUUGCAGAUUGCGUUUUUGCAUGGAACCACCGCCCCUUUCCCUUUUACCUUUUACCUUACCUUACAUUACCCCCACCAGAUUCUCCAUCUCCCUCUCCCUCUCUGAAGUGUACUGUACAAUCUCUCUCUGUGUCUGAAACCAAAAUUCUUUAUUAUUUCUCACUGUAUCUGUACAACAUUACUUCAAGAAGAAAUGUUGAUUCUGUUUCUCAUCUGAGUCUGCUCUGAAUUCCACGCUCUCCCUCUAUCAAUCAUACUAUGUUCUACUAGCAGUGGCUUCUUCUGAUUGGAUUACAUUACUUCAUCUUUUUUCUCUGGAAGAAGCCUAUGCCUUGACAAUUUGAUAAAGCGGGGAUUGAAACUUUUGGAUCUGGGAAAUGGGUGCUUCAAGUUCUAAAAUAGAAGAAGACAAGGCUUUGCAGCUUUGUCGUGAAAGAAGGAAAUUUGUUAGGCAAGCCCUUGAUGGCCGGUGCUCGCUUGCAGCAGCUCAUGUUACGUAUAUUCAGUCACUGGGAAGUACAGGAACUGCUCUUAGGAAGUUUGUUGAACCUGAAGUUCCUAUUGAAUCUUCGUUGUACAUCUCCACCAAUGCAACGCCAGAGCCACCUGCUUUGACUGAGAAGUCGCUUUCCCAUUUUUCAGUCUCCUCUCAAUCUUUAUCUCACCCUGUUGAUGCAGCUGAAAACUUUUCUCCAUCACCAUCUCCUCCCAGCUCAAGUCAGGUUCAGGCACAUCAUAUGAAAUUUAGGGGCUUUUCUUCUAAAACAAUUGAAGAGAAACCACCUGUAGUUGUUACAGGGACAGUAACGUCAUCCAGUACCCCACAAAAUACCACUCCUCGUUCCACUGAGAAACAUGAAACAUCACAGUUUGAUGAUUCAUCAGUACCACCAGGGACGACUCAAUGGGAUUACUUCGAACCUUUUCAACCAAUUGACCAUCAGUUUUCUUUUCAAGACAGAAUGCAACUGAACCAUGGGUUCGACAGUGCUGAUGAUUUAAGACAGCUCAGGGAAGAGUAUGGAAUUCCUGAUCUGGAAGACGAAGGAGAGAAAGCUUCGUUUCAUGAAAUUGCAGAAUCUGAGGGUUCGGAAGAUGAAUUUGAUGACCCUCCUGUGGAUACUUUGGUGCGAAGUUUUGAAAAUCUUAAUAGGGUACAUGAUCAUGUUGCACCUAGUGCCUCACAAAUCACGCCUUCUGCAAGUGGUGCAGCUUCAGAUACUGAGCUAUUGAAUGGGAAGAAAGGGAACUCUCCUGGUUUGUUGCCAUUAAGAACACCAUCAGCAGCAGUUUCUGUUUCAGCUGACAGACAGAAAACACCGAUGAAGGAAGAUCAAUCAAAAAAUAAGGUUUCCCCUAAGGACUUCUUUUCAAGCAUAAAAGAUAUAGAGUAUCUCUUUGUAAAAGCUUCUGAUUCUGGGAAAGAGGUUCCGAGGAUGCUUGAAGCAAAUAAAUUGCAUUUCCGUCCAGUGGUACCUGGAAAAGAAAAUGGAUCAGUGGCAUCUACAUUCUUCAAGGCCUGUUUAUCUUGCGGGGAAGACCCUAGCCAAGUGCAAGAAGAGCCUGCCCAAAACGAUUUGAAGUACUUACCUUGGCAUAGGACGACAUCUUCGCGAUCAUCUUCAUCCAGGACUCCUCUUGGAUUAAACGCCAAGGAUGAUUCAGGUGAUCCAGUUGGUAAUCUUUUUGAUAAUUUUUGCAUGAUCUCUGGCAGUCAUGCUUCAACUCUAGACAGACUAUAUGCAUGGGAGAGGAAGCUGUAUGAGGAAGUAAAGGCUAGUGAGAUGGUCAGAAGGGAGUAUGAUAUGAACUGUAAAGUUUUAAGACAACUGGAAUCAAAUGGAAAAAGUCUCCACAAUGUGAAAAUUGAUAAAACCCGGGCCAUUGUUAAAGAUCUACACUCGAGAAUCAGAGUUGCACUUCACAGAAUUGAUUCCAUAUCGAAGAGGAUUGAGGAAUUAAGAGACAAAGAGCUCCAGCCACAACUUGAGGAAUUAAUAGAUGGGCUGAGUCGGAUGUGGGAGGUGAUGUUUGAAUGCCACAAGCUUCAGUUUAACAUCAUUACAACAGCAUACAACAAUUGCAAUGCCGAGUUAUCUAUACAGUCAGAGUCACAUCGGCAGGUUACUGUUCAUCUUGAAAAAGAACUGAGCUCUCUAUCUUCAAGUUUUACUAAGUGGAUUGGAGCUCAGAUUUCCUACCUGCAGGCUAUAAAUAGUUGGCUUUUUAAAUGUGUCUUUUUUCCAAGCAAACCUGCCAAGAGAAAAAGGAGGCAACCGGAACCAUCAACGACUUUAAGAUACUUUGGCCCUCCUGUAUAUGUCACCUGUGGUGUCUGGUUGGACAAACUUCAGACCUUGCCUGCAAAGGAAGUCGCAGAAUCUAUUAAGGGUUUAGCAGCUGAAACUGCUCGCUUUUUACCACGCCAAGAGAAGAACCAAGGGAAGAAUGCGAACCUUUCAUCAUGGAAGGCUGAUAAUGGCAGUGAUUCAGCAGUUAACAUGUUGAGAGAUGAAGCACUGGAGGAUUGUAUCCUAGGUUUCAAGCAUUUUCGAUCAAGCCUGGAGGGAUUUCUGGGUCAGUUGCAUAAGUUUGCUGAGGAUUCUGUCAAGAUGUAUGCAGAACUUGAAAAGGAAAUCCAGGAUACCAAGAGUAAUUAUGAAAGAGUGAAGUCCCAACAGCAAGUUGCUUAAUCAGAAAAAAAAAAAAAAAAAAAACAGCUUGGUUACAGAGAAGAGGGAACAAUUCUGUUGCAUUGUAUCACCUUAACAGUAAGAAACCCUGACAGGCUAAGGAUUUCAGAUAGAGAUCAAUUGGAUGCUGCAUUUGCAUACGAGGAAAGGAAUAAAAGGGUUCUUGGUGGCUGUUUUUGGUUAAAUCAAAGCUGAAACAAAGAGGCAAAUAAAAAUUUAUAGAGAUAUAAAAAGAUGUUAUAAAGGGGGUGGUUUUGCACUUCAAAAGCCGUGUUAUGAGAGAGAGAAAAAAAUUGUUCUUCAUUGUUAACUCGAUGAAAGAUUUUAUGAUCACUAAACUGGUAGAACAUGGUACUGAACUGGAUUCUGAGUUUCUGACUUAGGUUCCAUGCAUUUGGUUAUACCCAGGAGUUCUCAAGGUUUUCUU